GACACAGUCCCACAUUUCCGACUCCCACUAUUCCCUCUUAAGUCCCGUUCGACUCUAUAGUUUAUAUGCUUUAGAUGUUCGGUAUUAUAGUGGUAUUAUUCAAUACUUAUAUACUUAUUCAUCACACACUUACACCUCUUAAUCAUCAAUCAUUCCUCCUCGCGUAGUAUUUGAAACAAUUUUUUGUCAGAGCAUGAAAAAAAUCUCACGACAUCCGAAGGUCAACCACAUGCGAGAACCAGUGGUGGUCGCUUGUUGCUACUUCAAUAAUUAAUGUUCCUCUAUAGAUAAAUAUAUAUAACCAUAACUUUUUGUAUUUAAAUCUUAAAGUUUAAUAACUAUAACGGGUAUUAAAAUAUGAGUCUCACGGACACUGUUGGCAAAUGUGCCGCAAUUGCAACCAUUGGAACAUUCUUUGCUCCUGUUCUUAUAUGUCGGGAUAUAAUAAAAAAUAAAAGCACCAAAAAUGUUGAUCCUACACCUUUUAUUGGAGGUAUGGCUAUGUCCAUACUUAUGAUCAAAAAUGGAAUACUUAUGAAUGAUCCUAAUAUUAUACCAGUUAACAUUUUUGGAUUUAUACUAAACUUGAUUUAUUUUUUAGUGUUUUAUUUUUAUACUGCUGAUUCGAAGCCAUUAUUUUCAAUGUUAACAAAAGCCAUAUUGUUCACUGGUGUAUUAUGGGGAUACACAACAGUUGAAGAUGAAAAACUAGUUGAAUACCGUUUUGGAGUUAUUCUCACUGUAUUAAUGUUAACACUAAUUGGAUCUCCUUUAUUCUCUUUGAAUGAUAUCAUCAAAAAUAAAGAUGCAUCAAUGCUACCUUUUCCAAUGAUUGCUUCUGGAGCUUUUGUUGGAUUCUUGUGGUUAAUAUAUGGGUUGUUAAUAGACAACAUUUUUAUCAAGGUUCAAAACAUAGUAGCUGUUGUAUUGUGUUUAAUACAAUUGGGAUUAAUAUACAAAUAUCCUAAACUAGAUAGCAAGAAACGUGAUUAAUGAAUAUAGUUACCAAUUUAAUGUAGUUUUUAUUUAUGAAUACUGUGAUUAACUUUUACAUCUUUCAAUAUUACAUUUACAUAAUAUCCUUA